UCCUCCUCCUCCCGUCGCUUCCGCGCCUCCGCCAUGGCCGCCGCCGCCGCCGCCGCCGCAGGAUCCAGCUCGUCGCCGCCUCCGCCGCAGCAGCGCCGACACACGAACCGCCUCGCCGCCGAGCACAGCCCCUACCUCCUCCAACACGCGCACAACCCGGUUGAUUGGUACCCAUGGGGAGAGGAGGCUUUCGAAAAAGCCCGUAAAAGAGAUGUUCCUAUCUUUCUGUCAAUUGGUUACAGCACAUGCCAUUGGUGCCAUGUAAUGGAAGUUGAAUCCUUUGAGAAUGAAGAGGUUGCUAAGCUUCUAAAUGACUGGUUUGUUAGCAUCAAGGUGGACCGUGAGGAGCGGCCUGAUGUUGAUAAGGUUUAUAUGACGUAUGUACAAGCCCUAUAUGGUGGCGGUGGUUGGCCUUUGAGUGCCUUUCUUUCUCCUAGUCUGAAACCUUUGAUGGGUGGAACAUACUUUCCUCCAGAUGACAAGUAUGGGCGACCGGGUUUUAAGACUGUUCUAAGAAAGGUAAAGGAAGCCUGGGAUACUAAACGGGAAAUGCUUGAGAAGGGUGGGACCCUUGCAAUCGAGCAGCUUACGGAAGCAUUAGCUGCAACUGCAAAGUCUCAGAAGUUUCCAGAUGAGCUUGCUCAUGGCUCUCUAAAACUAUGUGUUGAACAGCUAGCAAGCUCCUAUGAUCCAAAAUUUGGUGGCUUCGGUUCUGCUCCAAAGUUUCCUAGGCCUGUUGAAGAACUUAUCAUGCUAUAUGAGUACAAGAAGCUUGUGGAUGCUGGAAAGGACAACGAGGCAAGGGAUGUUAUGAAGAUGGUGUCCCAUACCAUGCAAUGCAUGGCUAGAGGUGGCAUACAUGACCAUGUUGGAGGUGGCUUCCAUAGAUAUAGUGUAGAUGAGUGUUGGCAUGUUCCACACUUCGAAAAGAUGUUAUAUGAUCAGGGACAGCUGACCAAUAUUUACUUGGAUAUGUUUUCGAUCACAAAGGACAACUUCUACUCUUCUAUGGCUCGUGAUGUUCUAGAUUACUUGAGGAGAGAUAUGCUUGGAGAAUCGGGUGAAAUUUUUUCUGCUGAAGAUGCCGACAGUGCUGAGUAUGAAGGUGCUGCAAGAAAGAAAGAAGGAGCAUUUUAUGUUUGGACCAGCAAAGAGGUUGAAGAAAUUGUCGGAGAUCAUGCAAAUUUAUUUAAGGAUCAUUACUAUAUUAAAUCUUCUGGGAACUGUGAUCUUUCAAGGAUGAGUGAUCCUCACAGUGAAUUUAAAGGGAAGAAUGUGCUAAUAGAGAGAAGACCACUUACCUACAUGGCAUCAAAGUAUAGCAAAUCUGUCGAUGAAUACUCUCACAUUCUUGGAGAUGGUCGACAAAGGCUGUUUAACGCACGGACUAGAAGACCAAGGCCACAUCUGGACGACAAGGUAAUUGUUUCAUGGAAUGGACUUGCCAUAUCAUCAUUUGCAAGAGCUUCCAAAAUUCUCAAGUCGGAAUCAAAAGAAACAACGUUCUAUUUCCCCGUCGUUGGAUGUGAUCCAAGUGAGUACCUGGAAGUCGCAGAGAAGGCAGCACAUUUUAUCCAGAGCAGACUCUAUGACACAGACACAAGCAGGCUCCAACAUAGCUACCGAAACGGCCCAUCAAAAGCACCAGGAUUCUUGGAUGAUUACGCCUUCUUAAUUUCAGGACUAUUAGAUCUCUACGAGAGUGGCGGUGGGACCAAUUGGCUGUUCUGGGCAAUUCAACUGCAAGCUACUCAGGAUGAGCUGUUUCUUGAUAGGAAUGGAGGAGGCUAUUUCAACACUCCAGGAGAGGACCCUUCUGUCCUACUCCGCGUAAAAGAAGACCACGAUGGAGCCGAGCCGUCUGGGAAUUCAGUAUCAGCGAUUAAUCUUAUCAGAUUGUCAUCUUUGGUAGCUGGUUCAAGAUCCGAAAACUACAGAGGUACUGCAGAGCAUCUUUUGGCAGUAUUUGAAGGUAGGUUGACCAGUCAAAGUGUGGCUGUUCCUUUGAUGUGCUGUGCAGCCGACAUGUUGCAUGCCCCGUUAAGGAAGCAAAUUGUGCUAGUAGGAGAUAAAGCGUCUCCCGAGUACCAAAGCAUGGUUGCAGCUAUAUUUGCUUCUUAUGAUCCUAAUCGAAGUGUGAUCCAAAUUGACCCCGGAAACAGAGAGGAGAUGGAGUUCUGGGACAGUUACAACCCAAACAUAGCCCAGAUGGCGAGGAGCGGCCCCGUUGAUAGUCCUGCAGUGGCCCAUGUGUGCCACAACUUUGUCUGCAAUCCGCCAGUCACUGAUCCAGAUGCCCUCCACACACUACUGAAUAAAACUGCAGUGGCUGCUUCAUCAUCUGCCUAAGUCUCCUCUCUCUCUCUCUCUCUCUGUGUAAUGAGUAAGAAAUGAAGGUUAUAGAGGUACUUUGCAUAACCACCCUUUGGCUUAACACACUUGCGCUUCACUACCCUGGGUUUCAAUUAUCGCACUUAACGACCGGUGGUUGCUAUUUGAUUGAUUAAUGGCAGGUUGGAAAUAGCAUGUCGGAUCACAAAUAAACUCAGAAGGUAUAUUGGCACGGCUAUUCUAACCUGUAGUGUUCCUGGAAUAGUAACAGAAUAAUAAUAAUAAUCACGAGAUAAUGAAACUUAAGCGAGUGCAAGUGUGCUAAAAUACCAGGUUACUCUACUUUUCCUAGUUUGUAUAUGGAUGUUGCUUUGUACAUUUCUUUGUUUGUAUGUAAGUUAAAAUGUUUAUUGAGGCAAUAAAAACGAAGCUGGUGGUCACUGUUAAUAGGAGUAAGCAAUAAAAGAGCUUUUCAUGUCUCUA